GCUGCUGAUCAAGAGGUGGCGGCGGCGGCGGCGGCGCUGGAGCAAGAUGGCGCUGCGGCCGGGAACGGGAGCUAGCGGCGGCGGGGCCGCGGGAGCCGGCGCGGGGGCCGCCGGGGGGAGCAGCUUCAUGUUUCCUGUUGCAGCUGGAAUAAGACCCCCUCAAGCAGGCCUGAUUCCGAUGCAGCAACAAGGAUUUCCUAUGGUCUCUGUCAUGCAGCCUAAUAUGCAAGGCAUGAUGGGAAUGAACUACAGUUCUCAGAUGUCCCAGGGACCUAUUGCUAUGCAGGCAGGAAUACCAAUGGGACCAAUGCCGGCAGCAGGAAUGCCUUACCUGGGACAGGCACCCUUCUUGGGCAUGCGUCCUCCAGGCCCACAGUACACUCCAGACAUGCAGAAGCAAUUUGCUGAAGAGCAGCAAAAACGAUUUGAACAGCAGCAAAAACUCUUAGAAGAAGAAAGAAAAAGACGCCAGUUUGAAGAGCAGAAGCAGAAGCUCAGACUUCUGAGUAGUGUGAAACCCAAGACAGGAGAGAAGAGUAGAGAUGAUGCUUUGGAAGCCAUAAAAGGAAAUUUAGAUGGAUUUUCCAGAGAUGCUAAAAUGCACCCUACUCCAGCAUCGCACCCCAAGAAACAAGAUUGUCCCACAUCAUCUCACUCUACUAAAACUGUCUCCCCAUCACCUGCCUUUCUUGAUGAAGAAGAAUUCAGUGACUUUAUGCAGGGGCCUGUUGAAGUUCCCCCAUGCGGGCCUUCCUCCUCGUCCCAGCCCUUUCAGUCUUUCCACCCCACCACCCCACUUGGCCAGUUGCACACACAGAAGGCUGGGGCACAGCCUCUCCCUCCAGGUCAGAUUCCAGUGUCUUUUGCCUUACAUGGUGUCCCUGGGAAAAUUCCUUAUCUCUCUACUGCUUCAGCCUCACACAAUGUACAGAGAGCAGGCCCUUCCUUGGAAGAGAAGCUCAUAGUAUCUUGUGAUAUAAGUACAUCUGGGCAGGAACAAAUUAAAUUAAAUAAAACUGAAGUUGGGCACAAAGCCUUAAGCCCAGGUUCCAGUCAGAACCAUCUCAGUUUAACGGCCAGUAACGGGGGUGCUGUAGAUGGAUGUGUAAGUGGUACCACCACUGCAGAGGCAGAAAAGGCUUCAGACCAAAACCUGUCAAAUGAAGAGAGUGGUGUGCGAGUAUUUCCCUCGCAAGAUCCUGUUCAGCCCAGAAUGCCUCCUUGGAUUUACAACGAAAGUUUGGUUCCAGAUGCCUAUAAGAAAAUUUUAGAAACCACAAUGACUCCAACUGGAAUAGACACUGCUAAACUUUAUCCCAUUCUGAUGUCAUCUGGACUUCCCAGGGAAACUCUUGGACAGAUAUGGGCCUUAGCUAAUCGAACUACACCUGGCAAACUUACUAAAGAAGAACUUUAUACCGUUCUCGCCAUGAUAGCAGUAACACAGCGGGGUGUUCCUGCCAUAAGCCCUGAUGCUUUAAACCAGUUCCCAGCAGCUCCUAUUCCGACGUUAAGUGGCUUUCCUAUGACUCUGCCUACUCCAGUGAGUCAGCCGACUGUGAUACCUUCAGGCCCUGGAGGCUCCAUGCCCCUCACCCUGGGACAGCCAGUCAUGGGCAUUAACCUUGUUGGACCAGUUGGGGGAGCUGCAGCCCAGGCUUCCAGUGGCUUCAUGCCAACUUACCCUGCAAACCAAGUGGUAAAGCCAGAAGAAGAUGACUUCCAGGAUUUUCAAGAUGCUUCUAAGUCAGGAUCCCUUGAUGACUCAUUCAAUGAUUUCCAAGAGUUGCCUGCUUCUUCAAAAACAAAUCAUUCCCAGCAUGGAAACAGUGCUCCUUUGUUGAUGCCACUUUCUGGAACUAAAGCAUUAGCUUCAAUGGAUAAAUAUGCUGUUUUCAAAGGAAUUGCAACUGAAAAGUCCUCUGAAAAUGCUAUUCCACUUGGAGAGUCUGGUGAUAAAUACAGUGCUUUCAGAGAACUCGAGCAGACAACAGAGAAUAAACCUUUAGGAGAAAGCUUUGCAGAAUUCAGAUCUGCAGGACCUGAUGAUGGUUUCACCGAUUUUAAAACAGCCGAUAGCAUAUCACCACUAGAGCCACCGACAAAAGACAAAACUUUUCCAGCAUCCUUCCCCUCAGGAACUAUACAACAGAAACAACAAACACAAGUGAAAAAUCCUCUGAACUUAGCAGAGCUAGAUAUGUUUUCCUCAGCUAACUGCAGCAUCGAGAAACCAUUAUCUUUUUCAGCUGCUUUUAGCACAUCAAAGUCCGUUUCCACACAACCACAGCCAACAGGUUCUGCUGCAACUAUGACAGCAUUGACAUCCACUAAAGCUUCUGGUUUGGCCGAUGAUUUUGGAGAAUUCAACCUUUUUGGGGAGUAUUCUAGUCUAGCAUCUGGUGGGGAACAGGAUGACUUUGCAGAUUUUAUGGCUUUCAGUAACAGUUCAAUUUCAUCUGAGCAAAAGGCAGAUGACAAAUAUGAUGCCCUUAAAGAGGAAGCCUGUCCCGCUUCUCUAACCAGCAACAUGGGCAGCACAGGGAGGAGCGGGCAGAACUCCACUGCUCCGUCUACCAAGUACGAUGUCUUCAAACAACUCUCUCUGGAAGGAUCUGGACUAAGCGGUGAAGACCUGAAAGAUAACACUCCUUCAGGAAAAAGUGAUGAUGAUUUUGCUGACUUCCACUCCAGUAAGUUUUCUUCCAUGAGCUCGGACAAAUCCCUGGGAGAGAAAGCAGUGGCUUUUAGGCACACCAAAGAAGACUCAGCUUCAGUGAAGUCCUUGGAUCUCCCUUCCAUUGGUGGCAGCAGUGUUGGCAAGGAGGACUCUGAAGAUGCACUCUCUGUUCAGUUUGACAUGAAAUUGGCUGAUGUGGGAGGAGAUCUUAAGCAUGUCAUGUCUGAUAGCUCUUUGGAUUUACCAACAGUUAGUGGCCAGCAUCCUCCUGCUGCAGAUAUAGAGGACUUAAAAUAUGCUGCUUUUGGAAGCUACAGUAGCAAUUUUGCAGUGAGCACACAUACAAGCUAUGACUGGUCAGACAGGGACGAUGUAUCUCAGGGCAGAAAACUCUCUCCAUUUGUCCUCUCAGCAGGAAGUGGAUCCCCCUCAGCUGCCUCAGUUCUUCAAAAGAGAGAGACUUCAUUUGGCAGUUCAGACGCCAUCACCAUGAUGUCUCUCUCCAAAGUCACCGCCUUUGCCAGUGAAGACCCUCUUCCAGAGACUGCCUUCCCAGCUUUUGCCAGUUUUAAGGACACAGUUGGACAGACCUCAGAGCAAAAGGAAUAUGAAGGCAGGGACUAUAAAGAUUUGACAAGACAGGACCUACCUAUAGCUGAACGGAGUCAAGAGGCCUUGUGUCCAAGCCCAGCUUCCAGCAGUGCCUCUCACGAAACCCCCAAAGAAUGUUCAGAUGACUUUGGAGAGUUUCAAAGUGAAAAGCCCAAAAUCAGCAAAUUUGACUUUUUAGUAGCCAAUUCACAAAGCAAAAUGAAAUCCAGUGAAGAAAUGAUCAAAAGUGAGUUGGCAACAUUUGACCUUUCUGUUCAAGGAUCACACAAGAGGAGUUUGAGCCUUGGUGAUAAAGAAAUAAGCCGUUCUUCUCCUUCUCCGGCUGUCGAGCAGCCUUUCAGAGACCGCUCCAAUACUCUGAGUGAGAAACCUGCGCUGCCUGUAAUUCGUGACAAGUAUAAAGAUCUGACGGGAGAGGUAGAGGAAAAUGAGAGAUAUGCAUAUGAAUGGCAGAGGUGCCUGGGGAGUGCCCUGGAUGUCAUUAAGAAAGCAAAUGAUACCUUAAAUGGAAUCAGUAGUAGUUCUGUUUGCACAGAAGUAAUUCAGUCAGCUCAAGGCAUGGAAUAUUUAUUGGGUGUUGUUGAAGUGUACAGGGUGACCAAGCGUGUGGAGCUGGGGAUAAAAGCCACUGCAGUGUGCAGUGAGAAACUCCAGCAGUUGCUGAAAGACAUCGACAAAGUGUGGAAUAACCUGAUCGGCUUCAUGUCACUCGCCACACUCACACCAGAUGAAAAUUCGCUGGACUUUUCCUCCUGUAUGCUGCGGCCUGGGAUUAAAAAUGCUCAAGAACUUGCUUGUGGGGUGUGCCUCUUAAAUGUGGACUCCAGGAGCCGAAAAGAAGAGAAGCCUGCAGAAGAACGUCCUAAAAAAGCAUUCAACUCAGAAACAGACAGUUUCAAGCUGGCAUAUGGAGGGCACCAGUAUCAUGCCAGCUGUGCCAACUUCUGGAUCAACUGUGUUGAACCAAAACCUCCUGGCCUCAUCCUGCCUGAUUUGCUCUGAAAAGCUUGCUCUGUGAAGACCAAAUUUUUUUUUUCUGUCAUACCCCAGGAGGUGACAGGGACCAAUAAAUAGAAUUUGAGUACUGUAAAGUUCAUGUCCACAAAUCUGUAUGAAGAAUUCUCCAAGAUGUGGGGCUGGGGGGCACUGUGGAGGGGCCCCGUCUUUCCUACAGAGCUUCUGGUCCCUCAUUCCCGCCAGUCUUUGGUACUGGAGUGAAAUGGCCCUACCUAAACCACACAUGGCGCUGCAAGUUUGCUCACUUACCUCUUAGUUCUCUUAAAAAAUACUUUAAAAUAUGGACCACAAUUUUCUUUAUCUAAAGAAUAAUUUGCUGCUGCAGAAUUGAAACUGUGAAGAAUCGACAUUUGAAGAAUAUUGUUGUGGGACUGGAAUUGCCACAACUGUUUUGAGCCAGUGCUUAUUUCUAAAACACUUUUGUCCUGUGAAAUGGAAUGAGUUUAUCCACAUUUAGUUUGUGAAUAUCUGCAAUGAAUAAAAAGGGGAAAUUGUGAUUAAACUGAUGCUCUACCUUUUCAUAGAGCAGAUUCUGCUCAUCUCCACUGAACAAUGGCAGGCAGGGAAGGGCAGAUUUUACCAACUUUGCUGUCACAGCUGAACCAAUUCUUUGCUCCUUUUCUUCCUUUCUAAAACUGUAACUCUCCAAAAGACUUUUUCCCAAAACAUGCCUGGGCAUUUUGCAGUGGUGAAGAACAUUCAUUUUGACAAGACACCCAAAUCCUGUGUCUCAAGAUGAAUAUCCCUCCCCUUGGGAACCUUAACUGAAAACCAGUUUUGCCUCACACAAAGGCUGGAACAUGGAUCUCACACAAGACUUGGAAAGGCAGUGGAAUGAAAUCUCUUUGCAGUGGCUUCUCUCCAAAUUUCCAGAGAUACUGUACAGGGACCAACACUGCCUGACUUAAGAGUGUCAUAAUAAAGACCUGAAAAUUAAUUCAGGGGGAAAAUGAGGCGUUCCCAGCCUACUGCGAACAGUACGAUGUGUAUUUAUGGUAAAGAUUAUGUCUGAGAAGCAGUGGAAGGAAAUUGUUCAGAAACAGCACUGAAUUUUAGAAGGAAAAGGCUCAUGCUCCUGGUAUAGGGAAUUGUCUUUGCUAUUUAAACUGAAUGCAUUAAAAUUGGGGG